UCAAUAUUUCCUCAUAAUGAUCUGUCUACCACAAAAUGAACUUUGUUCUCAGGUACGCACUUCUCUUUUCUCCAAGGAAGUCUAUUUUUAGUAAAUAUUCUUCCUCGUAUAAUUAUUCUGGCUGUUAAAUGGACUUUAUUCCAUGAUAUAACAAGAAUAAACGCUAGUGCUUCUGAUAAUAUAAAAAAAAUGGUAAACAAUGUUUGUGCCUGGUAGAACAGCAUCUCAAAAAAAAAAACCAAUGCUGCCCCAUGUAUAUGCUAAAGAUAACUAUACUUUGUUCUGCCAGCCAUGUGACCAAGAAAAUAUUCCUGUCCGAAAACCGGCCUUUGGAUACUGUGUGGACUGUAACGAGUAUUUAUGCCAGUCUUGUUAUACCUUUCACAGAAGACCCAAACCAUCACGGCAUCAUCAACUUCUUGACGAAAAGCACAUGCCACAACAACAACAACAAGGUCGUCCUACGUCAUCAAAUUCCUCUACUGCCGGACAGGGCCAGGACUCUCUAACAAAACCAUGCUCUAAACACACUAAAGAACUGAUCAAAUUUUAUUGCCAUGACCAUAAUGCACUUAUUUGCAGUGUAUGUAAGACACUUGAACAUACAGUAAAAUCCUGCCAUGUGGACUACAUACCCGAUAUAUCAGUCAAGUCUUUAAACAGCACCGAGUUCAACGAAACACUGAACGACCUGGACAGAGUGGCCGACAAAUGCAACACAAUUACAAAAGAUCGAAUGCAAAGAGCUGAAUCAACUGACCUUACUGCAGAGAUAGAAAGCUUUAGACAUGAUAUAAACAAAAGAUUAGAUGAACUAGAAGAGGAAGCAAAAUAUAUUGCAGCAGCAAUCCAAGAAGCCAACAACAAAAAGGUGAAAACAAUAGAAAAAACAUGCGGGGAUAUCAAUAAAUCUCUUCAAGCACGUGCCAAUACCCUAAAACAUCUUAAUACUACAGAGAAAGCUGACCAAUUGUUUACAGAGCUAAAACUGGCUCAGCAACUGAUUUCAGAGAGUGAAGUAUUAACAUCGCAGCUACAAUCAGCUGAAGAUCUUGAUGAAUAUGUCUUUGAACCUAAUCAAGCUAUACAAGCAAUCCUUCAAAAAGAGGCAUCAUUAGGACUUUUGAAACCUAUAAAUCCAGUACAGUCAGUCAACCAAACAAAUCAAGCUCCGGAGGCAAUCCUUCACAAAGAGCCAUCAUUAGGACUUUUGGAACAUAAAAAUCCUACACAGUCAGUCAGCCCAGAACAUAAAACUUGGGAAGCAAUAAAAUUAUCAACGCCUAGAAACAUCGAUAUCACAACAUCCUUGGAAAAACGGGACUGCUUCAUAACUGGCAUAGCUGUUUCUCCUCAAAACCAAAUAUUUUUAGCAGACUAUAACAACCAAUUCAUUAAAAUGAUUGACAACGAAAGUGGAGAAAUCACUCAUACUAAACUUAUAGCAAGCCCCUGGGAUAUAACAAUCAUCAGCAGAGAUAUGCUUGCUGUAACUUUACCAAACAUGGAAAUUAUUCAGUUCGUCUGCUUCGCCUCUAAGAAACUCUCGCUGAAAACCCGAUGGAAAGUAGAUGGACUCUGCUUCGGAAUUAGUCAUCAUCAGGAAAAACUUGCGUUAACAUUUACAUCACCAGCCAAACUCCUUAUUAUGGACUUCAAAGGUACCGUCCAAGGUGAAGCUAUCAAAGAUUCCAGUGGCGGUGAUAUUUUUAGCUCUCCUAAACAUACCAUCGCAAACAGCCAAUCAAUUUUUGUAACUGACUGUAUUAAGAAUGCAGUUAUAUGGUUUAACUGGCAAGGUGAAAUGAUCGGCACUUAUGAUGGGCUUGAAGAGCCAAGUGGUAUAACAAUGUUAGAAGAUGGAUCCUUAGUAGUGAGCGAAUAUAACGGAAAUCGCAUAUUGAGAGUAAGUGGUGACCUCAUAGAUGGUGAAACUAUACUCGAGGAUAUAGUCAAUCCUCAUGCUGUAUGUUGGUGUUCUGAAACCAGGAUGCUUUAUGUAAGUAGGUACAGGACUGGAAGUAAAGACAAGAACAAUCAUAUUCUAUUGUAUGAAACAAUAGAGAAUACUUGACUCAUGAGACAGGUCGUGACAAUUGAAGCAGUUGCGAUAAAAAAAAGUGACUACUUAAUGGUGUGGUUCAAUAACAUGUUAACCACACAAGCACUCUAGAGUUCAAUGACAAUGACAAAUUAAUUGCAACAGUGUUACUGUACAAAAGACUUUUUAAGUUUUUCUAAGCCAGAUAAUAUAUAAUCGGAAAAAAAUGAAGGCGCAUAUAAAAACACAGAAAUGCUAAAAAAAAAAACACACAAGAGGGCGCUGGAUCGCUCACCUGACAAACUCAGAAAUAAUGUUACCUUCUUAAAGCCAUUUUGUAAAAAACAGCUCUGAUCAAUUGUCCAUGCUGUUCGCUAUCAGUUUCUCUAUUCGUAAUAAAGUUUGUUAGCGAACAGCAUGGAUCCUGAUCAGACUGCGCGGAUAAAAGUAAAAGUGAGUACAGUGUUAAAGAAUUGUAUAAUUGUGAAAUGUAAUUGAAUAUUUGAUUGUUGAAAAGAUUAUUAAACAAUUAGCGCCUAUAAAACUAUUUAAAUAUUGUCAGAAUAUUAUUGUACA